CGGCGGGCGGGUGCGGCCCUCGGCGGCGAAGGGCGCCAUGGUGGGUGGCGAGGCGGCCGCCGCGGUGGAGGAGCUAGUUUCGGGGGUGCGGCAGGCGGCCGACUUCGCGGAGCAGUUCCGCUCCUAUUCGGAGAGCGAGAAGCAAUGGAAGGCUCGCAUGGAAUUCAUUCUGCGCCACUUGCCCGACUACCGCGACCCGCCCGAUGGCGGUGGCCGCCUGGACCAGCUGCUGUCCCUCUCCAUGGUGUGGGCCAACCACCUCUUCCUGGGUUGCAGUUACAACAAAGACCUUUUAGACAAAGUGAUGGAAAUGGCUGAUGGGAUUGAAGUGGAAGACCUGCCACAGUUUACUACCAGGAGUGAAUUAAUGAAAAAGCAUCAAAGCUGAGGCAGAAGAUUCAUCACAUUUUCCAGCAUCAGCUACUGGCUUAGGAAGGAGGCUGGGAUGAAUGUGACAUGGACCACAGCAGCUCUCUUAAGAUUCCUGGUAUUUCCAACAUGUAGGAAAGAGGCAGUUGGAAUGACAAUCUUGUCUAGUUUGGAGUUUUAAAAGGUCUCAUUCUUCCAGUAGCUAUCAUUGUAAAAGUGUGCAUGGAUAUUUAUGUAUUUAUAAAUCAUGCCCUCUUUUUUUAUUUUCACUUUUUGAAUGUCAAACUUUUUGUUAAAAAUGCCUUUUUUUUUUUUUUUUUUAUGUUGUUGUAAUAAUUGCUGGUAGUGAAUUUUACAAUUUGGACUUUUCAAUAAUGUAUUUUCAAGUCUGA